AUGUAUAUACAGUACACACAUAUGUACACCCACACCCAUACACCCUCUCAAAUCACCGCACGCAGCCACGCGAGACGACCCAAAGACGCCGCCGCUGCUCUGUUGAGAGGGCCCGUCUCUCCCACCACAUGGCCUGACAUAACCCAGCUGCCUGUCCGCUCUGCAUCGCCGUUGCUCCCACCUUGCCAGGACCCGUUCCCGCGUAACCUUUGUGCUGGCCAACGACCCUUUAGCUCGCUCGGCCCACGACGCCGUGGUGGUACACUCGACUACAGUAACGACCCACGUCCACACGCGACGCCUCCCCGGAACAUUGUUGCUCACACGGCCAAAACGUGGCCAAGUACAGUUGACGGCGCAACCUUGGACGCACGCACAUACGCGGUCAGCGUGGCUGCAUUGCUCGCCAUGCAACAGGCGCCGGGCUUGUCGGCCAGACUCGAAUGGUUGAAGACAAGGCGUGCCCAAUCACACCUUGGCCUGCACCACAGCAACCAUGCAUUGUCGUCAUCACCUCUGAGCAGACUCGGCAGAUCUGCGCCCUAUCUACCUCAUGGGCGAUCAAUGCCUGAUUGCGAGCUUGGAACACUGCCAGUGGAGAUUGUCGUGUUUCCCAGCCUGCAGCCUGGAGAACAGACGAUGUGCCGCCAUUCCACGUGUGCAACCCCACCUCAAGGCCCUCACGCCCAACGCCUCGUCGGCCUGCCAUGCGAGACAUGCCUCCUUGGCCACACGCAUCUGCAUCCAUGCCCACACGCCUGCCCGUGUAGUCCAAGUCUAAGUAAUCGCCCUGGACCCUUCAUCCUUCCCGACUCCUCGUGCCUCUCCCUCUCCCUCUCCCUCUCCGCCGUCGCCAGCCGCUUGCCUCUGUCGCCCUCGGCAUCGCUCGGACUAAUCACCGACCGCUCGCAGCGUCAUCACCACAAGCCUCGGACGCCUUCACGCAUGCGGUGA